AUGAUGACAGAGUCACUGGUUGCCAAUGAGACCAGAAUUCGCGACUUGGAUGGCUUUUGUGGUACAGUUGUAUACAUAGGACCAGUAGCAAGCGCCAAAAAUCCGGAAGAGAUUUACGCCGGAAUCAAGUGGGAUGAUAAAUCGAGAGGAAAACAUGAUGGGAGCGUGAUUUGCCGACGAACAAACGAAUUAGUUCGUCAUUUCUCAUGUGGUCCUACUCAGGGGUCAUUCUUGCGUCUGAAUAAAAUGGACCGAGGCGUGGCCUUGACAGCAUCACUGUUAAAGACCAAAUAUGUUGACAUGAAUGCACCUGUCAUUGCCCCAAAUAAUGUUUUGCCUCACACUGCAAGGACAUCGAGUGGCCGACCAAAACCCAUUGAAUUUCUUGGAGAAAUGAAAAUUCGUGAACGCCAACAACUUGCCGACAUUGACACCAUAUCACUGCGCAGAGAAGGCAUUUCACGGGCAUCAGAUGACAAAAUGCCGGAGGACUUCAGAAAAAUCAAAGACAUAGACCUUGCUGGAAAUUUGCUAUCCAGCUGGACCGAGAUCCUAAAGAUCAUGAGACAAUUUCCAAGGCUAGAGAUCUUCAAUGUUGCAUAUAAUCGUGUUCGAGAUAUUGGUCUACCUGUGGAGCAGUUUGAUCGGAUGAAAGUUCUCAAUCUCAACAAUUGCUCCCUUGGAACUAAGACGCUUCAGUGGAUCGGAGAUUCUAUGCCGUGCCUAGAGAAACUAUGCAUUGCAAAUUCGAAUCUCUCAGAUUUACAGUCUAUUCAUGUUUGUGGUUUGGGACAUCUUGAAAGUCUUGAUUGCUCUAACUGUCAGCUAGACUCAUGGGAAAACCAAGUUGACCACUUCUCAGCUCUGCCAUGUCUAGAGCAACUGAGUCUGGAUGAUAAUCCACUAUCCACCCUUCCCUCCACUCCUAAGAGCGAGGUGUAUUUCCCAUGUUUGAACUCACUCCAGCUUGCUGGGACACAGUUCAAGACUUGGAUCGACCUGGAGGGGAUCAACGCCCUCUUUGCCUCCAUCAAAUCUCUGAGACUCAGGCAUACACCCUUGACGUCACCAAUGGGACAAGGUGAAACGCGUUUCCUUGCCGUUGCCCGAUUCCCAUCUUUAGAUUAUUUCAAUGCUUCAGUAAUAUCAAUGAGCGAACAACAAGAAGCGGAGCGCCGGUAUGUGUCGCUCGUAUCCAACAUGUUAUUAAAGCUUGAAGAAAAAGACGAUCAGGAAAAACUCUUGGCAGAGCACCCUCGAUAUCCCAAACUGAGUGAAGAAUACAAAAAUCUAGUAGUUACGAGCUCAGGAGGGGCAAACGGAGCUGGGACGAACAUAGCUGCAUCAGUUUGUAAUGUUACAAUACGGUCCAUGUCGCCAUCAAGUUGCGAUAUAGAACCAAUCCUUCGCAGAUUACCAGAUAGUCUAUCAGUGGGGCGUUUGAAGGCACUUUGCGCAAGGACAUUUGGCCUUGGUGUUGAUCUCAUGACUCUGCACUUUCGAACAGCGGGUGACGCCUUUCCCGUAGAACUCGACAAUGACUUCAAUGCCCUAAAAUACUAUGGUGUUUGCGAUGGUGCUGAAAUUUUGAUGAAUGAAAUUGACGUGGAUGCACGCCAAAGGGAGUCUCAACGCCUAGUUAAAGAACAAGAGCGAUUAAUAUCCGAACAGGAACACGAAGUAUCUGUCAUGCAAGAGUUGCAGCGGAAAAAGUGCAUAGUUGUAAAGAUGUCUCCAGUUUUACCUCAUACUCCAGACCAGAGUCUGCUCGAAUCUUUCCGAUACAUCAACUCAAUGCCAGGUAAAAAUGUUCGUGGUAAAAUGAUUGAUUGCUUUCAACUUUGGUUGGAGGUUGAGUCCCCCGACGACUUGAACUCGAUAAAGGAAAUUGUCGGGGACCUUCACAAUGCUUCCUUGAUGAUUGAUGACAUCGAAGAUAACAGCAAACUCAGACGUGGGGUUCCUGUAGCUCAUUCCAUUUUUGGAAUUCCAAAUGUGAUAAAUAGUGCAAAUUACGCAUAUUUUUUGGCACUGGAAAAAUGUCACGCAUUGAAUAAUGCAAAAGCGAUGAAUGUAUUUGUUGGCGAAUUGCUCAAUUUGCAUCGGGGACAAGGACAAGAUAUUAUGUGGAGAGAUGAUGUAAGAUGUCCGACAGAAGCCCAAUACAUAGAGAUGGUGAAGGACAAAACUGGUGGGCUAUUCCGUCUUGCAGUUGGAUUGAUGCAUGCUUUGGCAACAAAAAAUACCAACAAAGACUUCAUAUCCUUGGUGAAUAAUCUUGCUCUUUACUUUCAGAUUAGGGACGACUACAUCAACCUUGCUGAUGCAGAGUACAUGAAAUCCAAGAGCUUCUGUGAAGAUUUGACGGAAGGCAAGUUCUCUUUUCCGAUCAUUCAUUCCAUUCGCUCGAAUCCUGAUGAUACGAGAGUCCUGUCUAUAUUGAAGAAAAGGACCGACGACGUUGAUGUCAAACGGUAUGCACAACAGAUAUUAUUGGAAAAUGGUAGUCUGGAUUACACAAGACAAAAAUGCCGAGAUCUCAAGAACGAAAUCGCAGCAGAAAUCUCAAGUCUUGGUGGAAACAAGUCAUUGCUUCUUCUCAUGGAGAAACUGGAUAUCCAAUUGCAGGGAAUGCACUCAGCUGUAGAGGUCAAAGAAUCAGCUGUAGACGAAGCCUAG